AAAAUUGUUUCGCUAAGUGGCGUUUUUAACAUCAGAACUCGAUAGAUUGCACAUUCAAUGUUGCAUCAUUUUUCAAUUUUACUAAGCACCUCCACUUAUCAACAGUCAAAAGCCACUUCUAGCUGUCCAAUGUAUCACUUUUGACAACACGUGACUGAUUACUUGUACUAUAUAUCGAACAACGAACUCCGUAAAGCAUUAUUCAAAAAUGAAGCAAUAUUGCCUGAUACUAGCUAUAACAAUCGGUGCCACCUUUGGUGCUCCCCACAGGGGCCGAAUUUUCGGCGGUGACCCAGCCGCCCCUGGCCAGUUCCCCUCCAUAGUGUCCAUCAACAACCCAGACCAGUUCUGCGAUGGCUCCAUCAUCAGCAAAAACUGGGUGGUCACAGCAGCCCACUGCAUCGACGCCAUAACAUCCACCACGACCAUAGUAGCAGGUACCAAUCUGGCCCACAGUGGUGGUACCACCCAUAAAGUAACCAACUGGUUCAACCACGAGGACUACGAUGACCAAACACUGAUAAACGAUAUCGGUUUGAUCCAAAUCGAAGACGAGUUCGAAUUCGACGAUGUCACUCAACCUACGGAGUUUGUUGAUCCGGCAGCGAACGCAACUUGUACUGUUGCCGGAUGGGGAGUGACUGACGUUGUUGAUUUUCCCGAAGAACUGCAGUUUAUUGAGCAAACCGUCUACAGUUUUGACACUUGCAAGAGUUUUAUAGGGGAUGAUUUUACGGAGGGACAAACUUGCGCUUUCGCUCAGGACGGCAAAGGGGCGUGCUUUGGAGAUUCAGGUGGGCCUUUGGUUUGCGAAGGGAAGUUGGCUGGGAUUGCGUCGUUUAUUAUUGAAAAUUGUGGAGCGGGGAACCCUGAUUUUUACACUAAGCCAAUUGCUUAUGUUGACUGGAUCAACGCAAAUAUACAGUGAAACUGAAGUUAUGAAAAUAUACUUUAAAUAAAGGUUGAUGGUUUUAAACAAAAA